AUGACUGUGGUGAAAAACGAUAAGAAUGAGUUUAUUCCAUCUCGGACUGUUACGGGAUGGCGUAUGUGCAUUGACUAUCGCCGACUCAACACCGCCACUAGGAAGGAUCACUUUCCCUUGCCAUUCAUGGAUCAGAUGUUGGAACGGUUAGCUGGGCAGGAGUUUUACUGUUUCCUUGAUGGUUACUCAGGUUACAAUCAGAUCACCGUCGACCCGGAAGAUCAAGAGAAAACCGC